AUGCGCGACAACGCCACCGGCGACCUGGCGUGGAACUUCACGGAAGUGAAGCGGGUGAGCGGCCUGCAGAGGGAGUGGGACGCGCAGCGAAGCCGCACAGCACGCCUGGACCGCGAGCUGGAGCUGGCCCGGCCGCACAUGCCGGCGCUGUCGGACUCGUGGCUGGAGGCACGGCGCGCCGUGUACGCCGCGCGCACGCGACGGCUGCUGGACACCUGCCGCCGUCACCAGGUGGGCAUCCGGGUGGGGAACGUCACCAGUCGGCCGGCGCCCGCGCCGCUGGAGAGCAUCAACCCGGCGCACUUCGUGGAGGCGCCGGCGCUGAACGCCACCAUCUGCCUGGUGCCCAAGGUGGCCUCCACGUCGCUGCUCUCUACGAUCCUGCGCGUGACGGGUGUGGGCGUGCCGGUGUUCGGCGACAACACGACCAGCCUGCACGCCAUGACGCUGCUGCUGGUGCGCCACCCGCUGCGCCGGCUCGUGUCCGCCUACCGCGACAAGGUGGAGCGCGCCUCCCCGCGGCCCAGUCUGCGCGUGCAGCGCGCCGGCAUCCUGCGCCGUUACGAGCAGCUGCGUUUCGGCGGCGGCGGCGGCGGCCGGUACAGGCGGGACGUGGUGCGCCGGCGUGGCGUGCCCAGCUUUGCCGAGUUCCUCACGGCCGUGCUGCUGGGCGCGCAGCCUCUGCGCGACCCGCACUGGGAGCCGGUCUGGCGCCGCUGCGCGCCCUGCCACGUGGGGUACCAGAUCAUCGCGCAGUUGGAGACGGCCGCCGACGAUCUGCCGUUCGUGUGGAACGCGCUCAAGCUGUACCCGUGGGCACGCAUCCCGUGGCUGCACCGGACGCGGCCGGCCGGCGAGCCGCCCUUGCGCGAGCUGGCGGACCGGUACUUGCGGCCGCUGGAGCGCGAGCUGGUGGCCGCGCUGCGCGCCGAGUACAGGCUCGACUUCGACCUGUUCGGAUACGAUUGGCCGGGCCUGAUGAGGAUGUCGGGUCACUGUCCGCCGGCGGCGGCUGACUGUGACCUGCUGUGA